AUGGCUGAAACGAGCAAACCCGUUGGUAUCAUGCCAAACCAUUUGGACUUACGCGAGAUCUCUUUUACUAACUUGCUACUGUUGGAUUUCAAUCCUGAAGAAAUGGAGUCCAAAUACAGAGUGGUGUUUAAUCGGUCAGUUGGAAUCUGUAUUUUUAUUUUCGCCAUCAGAAUUAAUCAACCAAUAAAGUAGUUGUUGUGGACGAUAAGAACCAUCAAUUAACAUGUCACUUUGUUAAGCUGUAAAUAAAGGUGGCUUCGUACUCUGAUCAUCUGAGCAAGAUCUCUUUCAAAGAGAGUAAACAGAUCUUGUUCUGAAAUCAGUCCUCGAUUAUAACGAUUUCUUAAAAGAUAAUGGUAAUAACUGACUAGCUUUUGAAUACGAGAUAAGAGUGAUAAUCAGAGUUUUUUACAAUUUUCUCAAAGAAAAUUAUGAAAACUGUUUUAGCUUGGUUUUAGCUGGUCUGCUCAGGUUGGAAAUAUGUAAAAUAAACACACUAAUUAGUUUAAAGAGGUUUACAUAAGAGAGAACAUUAACUGAUAUUAAGGAAGACAAACUACUAUAAUGCAUGGAAAAUGGUUGACAACACCAGCCCUAUGAGACCUACGUUAUGUAGGCUUUAAAGGACUGAAACAGUUGUCCAAGGAAAAGUGUGAGUUGCUGGGUUUCAAAGAAGAACUUUACGUGUAUGAUUUAUAUACUUAUACACACCUGUACUUCUGUAACCUUUGUUAUUAUGGCUCACAAUCCCAUGGCAAUCCAUGUUAAUCGGACCAGGGUUCAAGACAUCUCCUUGUUUUCAAUACAGCAUUUACAUGGUUGGUGUUGAUCAGAGUUUUACCAUACAUCUUCUCAUUCUUUUUUUCUUGCACUGUUGCUAUACAGUGAAUUCUUACUAUCAAAGGUAAACGUGACUUUGGCUUGAGCAUGUAUGCAAUACUCUGUUUAUCAGAAAAAGCAUUGUGUACUAUAAUUAUUAUACAUUUUACAUCCAAUAAUUAGAGAUUCUGUUACUACCAGCACUAUCACAUCAGGAGGGGGUUCAAUAAUGCCAUGACCAGCUCUCUAACACCAGCUGUGAGAUCUCUCACCACUGCCUAUUCAGCCUGCAAGCAGGCUCUUAUGUAUAGGUAUCACCCAGCUGCCUAUUACAUUAUUGGCAGCUGCUUAUGGAAAAAGUUAUUGAAACCCCUGAUAGACUAUUUCUUUGCGAAAAUAUUACUAUAUUUUAGUUACUUUGCACAUGUUGUAAGGUUUAAUAUCUGUAGCAUCUUGUUUGUCCAUUUAAUCAUGGUUCUUAUAACCCAUUUUGUAGUGAUAUGUUUGCAUUACCAAACAAGAAAGCCAUGGAAGUGGUGAUGCAUUUUCUUUUUACAAGACUUCAUCCUCAGUUGGCAUAUGAAGAAUUCAGGUAAACAUUUCUUAGAUGCUAAAAUAACCUUAUUUAAUUUCAAGUUAUAUGAUGCUCUAAUGGAUUAGAAGUAUAAGGUGAUUUCAAAAAAAGGAGAUAUGAGUCUUGAACUGUCAUACUUCUGAGUGUCUUUUCUAUCCAUCUUGGUAAUUUAUGUUUAUUCUUUUUAUGUUUUUGUUUUGUUUUUGUUUUUUUUUACAUAGGGACUGUUGGCCAGUCCGUGACAAGAUCCUUGAACAGCAAUUUAGGAAAGUUUGUUUUAACUGGGUAUCCAGAGUACAGAAGGUAAUAUACUCAAUAUUGGAAAUGAUUGGUAAUUAAAGGUGAAAAAUGAGCAUCGAUGAUUUCCUUUGAAAGUAAUUAUCGAUAUUACAGAAACAACAAACUCACUGAUAAGCCUAAAGCUUCAAGUACCUUCUUUGUUAUAGAAUAAAAAUGAUCAUACAGUACUAAACAUUAAUGUCAGUGUAACUAACAGAUUUCUUGGAAAACAGUUGUUAAGUCAGACAGACUCAUUUCAGCCUAAAUCAUGAGGCAAAACACCAUUAAGUCAAAAUGUAAAGCCAAAGUGGGAUUCCUAUUGCCUGACCCUUUUCAUUUUAAAACAAUUUGAAUCAUUUUUAAUUUUUGACAGGAAACCAGUAAAACAUCAAUUGUAAAGAGAAAUUGAUACUUCUGUUUUGUUACAAUUCAUAGGAAGACCCAGAGGCAAGAUUACCAAGAAUAGUCCAAUCACUUUUUCAUUCUCCUGGAGGUAGAUAUACAUGUCCGUACAGAUCUUGUCUCUAUAUCAGAUGAUUCUGUGAUUGACUAGUUACCAUGUUGGCUUUUACUACCAGACUCAGAAAACCAUAAACACCUGGAAUAUGCUUGCAAUGUUUAUUGUGUCAUGACCAACCAUGUAGGUCAUAACACAGAAAAUGAGAAAAUGUGAGGAAACCACUAAUCCACAAACAAAUUUUGGGUAGUAAUUACCUUUCAAGACUAAAACAUUCCAUGGAGAUUUCUGGUGUUCAUAAUUUCUGAGUUUCACUCCAUUAGUGAUAACCUUUCAUAACAGUAUUUUACUCACUAUUUCAAGAAACUAAUAUGUCUGCUUAGUAUUUCACUUUGUUUCUGGUGAUCUUUUUAGCCUUUUACACUUGUAUCAUAGAGAUCUUCAAAUAAUUGUUUUACAUCGCAUGACAUGUGUUUUUGUUUUUUAUUGUUACAGGAGAUCGUUUCUAUUCAUUCCUUCAUCAUUUUUCCUUGUAUGUUUUGACAAAAGUUAUGUAUCGUGAUCAUGGUGAGUUCAUUAUUUAAAUUUGCUACUUUAGCAGGUAGUCAAUUGUGAUUUCUUGUAAUAUAUGUUGCUGUAUUUGGUUACCUACAUGUACAUGCAUAAUACUUUGAGAAAACCCACACCACAAACCACAUACAGUAAAUAUGUGUAGCUCUAUACAGAUGGGUUACUCAGGUGAUGGAGAGAUUGACACUGAUAAAACAAUUUCAUUGAGUCUUGAGUCAUUGAGUGAGAGAACUAAAUCAUUUCAUUUAGUAAACAACUUCCUUUGCUUGGUUGCCAGCCAGGCAUAUACCCCAGCAAGUUCCCUUCUUCUUCAUUAAUUGCAAGAUGAAAACUCCAGAAAAGAAACUCUUAUAAAGAUGUUGAGAUUUAAAACAGGGUUGUGCAGCAUGAUGUCUCUUUUGACAGUCAACAAACAUUUCAGUUUUACAAACUGGCUGGGUUCAAAGAUCUACUGUACAUAGUUUAUCAUAAAAGUUUUUUUUUUAAUCAAGCUAUGGUGCAGCCCCAUUGCACUUUGUAAUUUGCUGCUUUUGUUGUCAGUUCUUGCCAGCUAUGACACAAUUGUCAGAGUUAAGUUUCACCACUUGCCUACUUUCCUGCAUGGAAAAAUUUUUAUGUCCUUCGCUUUAUAAUUUCUCUUCCUUGACUGGUUUCAAACAGGUAAAAUUAUCAGCAUUCCUACUUUUCCAACAAAGACUGUUCAUAACUAUUCCUUCACACAUGUAAUGUCUAAAGCACUGGAGGCCCACUUCGUUGUUUUAAAGAAAAGGUAAAGUCCUGUCAAGUUUUAUAUGAAAAGUAAUCAUUUGUAGUCUGGACAAAAUUUACAUAUGUUUGGGUAUAUGAGCAACUACUCCGUUUAUUUCUCUGGUAUAUUUUCUUACCAUUAGGUCCUCAGGGAAUCUUGUAGACUAUGCCAUCUUCUUUGUUUGGUAGAUAAGAGCUUCUUUUUGCUGAACUAAGAGUGAAUGAAAUGUAGUAUCUGACUUGAACACAGGGCAAAUGCCUUGCUAUGUAGGGCAGUAGUAAAUUUUUCAAAUAUACCAUUGGCACAAGGUAAAAGGGCAGUGGACUUGAACUUGUGAGUGUGGUUAAGUUUACACCUAAUAUGAUUAUCCAAAAAAUUAAACCCUGCAGAAUGCAAUUUAUACUUCGCAUUGUGAGACAAACAGUACUUAGCACUUCAUUAACUGUCAUGGUCUUCUGCAUGAGUAUAUAUGGUGCAUAUUUGCAAAAGGAGUUUGUGGUUUAUGUAAAAAUAGUUGUUUAGCUUGUUUGCCAGGUUGUUGGUAAGAAACAACCAACAUCUGGAGCACAAUCAAAUUUUGAGGUGCUUUUGAGGUUAAAAUGAGCUUAUUGCUUUUGGCAUCAGUGCCAUAAAUUAUGAAUGUAAAAUCCUUUAAACCUUCAAAGGGUAGUCAUAGCAUGUAGAAUGAUGUAGAGCCCAGAGUGUCUAUCAAACUUUUUCAGUCAUCAAUUGAAAUGUCUCAGCAUAUAAUAAUAUUGGUUGAAAUGGUGGAAAUGUUGUGGUGAAGCAUCUCAACAACAUUUUAUUGUUUUCUAUUUAGAUUUAUAGAGUUUGCACAACAUGCAGUAGAAGUGGAAAAUCACUGGAAAGAAUUUGCCAUGUAUGUAUAAUGAUACGUGGUUUAUUUUAGCCAAAGAUCCAUAAAUAAUGAUUAGUAUUUACAAGAAGUGAGAAAAUGGGCAGAAAGUAAUGCUAAUGCACCCAAAAAAAACAAUGUAGUUUCAUCAAGUUCCUCUAGAACAUUCAGAGUAUUGGCAGGAACUUGUUAAUCAUCUAGAAUAAACAUAUUUACAAGAAAUCUUCAGAUCCUCAUGUGUAGUCUUAUUAGCAUUGGAAAUCUUUUCAAGACCUUGAAUUGAUUUUGAAGGUCUUUGGUUUACUAAAAAGACCACUCUCAAAAUGGUACAGUCGAAUCUCGAUUAACCAGACCCCGAUUAUCCGGACUAUUCGAUUAUCCAAACUAUUCAAUUAUCCGGUCUUUCUUCUCUGGUCCCAAUUUUUCCAUGAAUAUUUAUUAGUUGUGAUCUUGAAAACUCAAAGUCGCAAAAAGCCCAAUAAUCCUUUCAAAAGACAGUUGAAACAGCGUAUUAUCCUGUGCGCUUUUCAAAAUUCGAAAGUGUGAUGAGAAAAAGAAAUAUUCUGAUGUGUUCAGCUGAAAUAUGGUUGGCUCAAUUGUUUUGUUGCCAAGGGAAUUUCAUGCUUGUUUAGUUCCUUCUGCGUGGGUUAUGUAAACACAUGAGCAAUCGAUCGUAAACUCAAAUCAAAAACAUGCCUACGAAGCGAAAGCUAGCCGUUCUAUUGAUUAAAGAUAAGCAGAUAAUUAUUUCACAUUUCUAUCUCAUUAAUAUUCAUAUUUUCGAUUAUCCGGACUCUCGAUUAUCCAGACUAUUUACCAAGGUCCCGAUGAGUCCGAAUAAUCGAGGUUCGACUGUAGAACAUUUCAUAAUUGUACUUUCUAAAUUGGAACUUUCCAAUAAUUGUUUUUUUUUUGACAAAGUGUUAUAGUUUUAAAGUAUGUUACCUCUCUCAGUAACUUACAUAUAUCAAUGACCUGAGUAGACCUACAUGUAGCAAAAUAAAUUUGGUCAGUUUGAUGUGGAGCACAAUUCAGAGGUAAUGUACUUACUGUGAUCCAACUAGAAAUAAGCAACUAUAUACCACAGCCUGUUCUGUAUCCUUUGAUAUAACUCUCCUUGCAGAAAGUUUCUCAUCAAAAUUAUACUUUGAUUUAUCUAUUUGGGUGACUUACUGUUUUACCUUUUAUACUUACCCUCUAUCAGGGAGUCAACCAAAGAAUUUAGAAUUCUAGUUAAAAAGAAGCGUGAUCUUGAGCGACAUAUCUUGGAACUGGAUGGGGUUAUUGCAACAAGAGGGAAAAGUGUUGGGUAGGACUUAAUACUUCAUUUAUUUUUAACAAUCAGCUGAUUCCACAUGUGCUUCUACUUUUUGUAUUUUAAAUUAAGUGCAAUAUCGUUGGUUGUAAGAGGUAUUUAUUGACUCUGUGCUUGCAUAUUUUUCCAUAAAGUAUACAAAUUGUGUAAAAUAAUCUCUUUCUGAAAAAGGAGAAUUUGCAACAUUGUCGGUCAGUGGACAGGUUACUGAGCAAGGCUCAAAUUGCCAAAAUCCAUAAAAAAAUUUUUAGCAUGUUUUAGCCAGGGAUUGAAAUAUCAGGGGUAAGUUUGUAUAAAUGAAUGAUUACAUAACAAAAGAGUUAGGGAAUGUUAGAUAAAGCAUUGUUUAUACUUUUGUUUUCAGUAUAAGGACUGAUUACCAAGAAGAUGUUGAAGCUCUCAAAAGGACACAGUAUUUACAAAAGGUUGGCAGUGAUUUCUUUCUUUUAUGACCACCUGAUGGUAAACUACAUAACUCAUAUAUCAUCAGUAACUAUAGACCUGGCAGCUGCAGUUCAGUUGUCCAAGGCACACUCUGUCUUCGACAAAUCUUUUUUUUGGUAGAAGUUCUAUUACACAUCCACUCAGAUGUGGGUUUACAUUGGUGGUAAUCAUCAAUCAAAUGUGGGAUUAAUUAUGGAGGUUUUCCAUGCUCAGUUAUUUCUUUUAAAAGUCAAGUGGAUCCUCCUUUAUUAUAUGCUGAACAACAUGGCAGGAAAACUAAAUGGUUAUGAACCAAGGUCAAGAACAACCUGAACUUUUAGACAACUAGGUGGCUUGACCCUGAUACCCUUUGUAAAAAGAUGAAUGUUGAUUACCUGAGUGUAAUGUGACAAGAAAAACAGGGGUCAUCAAAGAAUUGUUUCAGAGUUGAAGACACUGAAUGCUAAGGUUAAGAGUGCCAGUGAGAGGUUGCAAUGUUGCUAUGGAAACUUAACCCAACAGAGAAAAAUCUUAACUUGCUGAGAAAUAAUAGGGAAAUGUUUUGAUAUUAGUUUCAGGGAAACAUACCUAAAAGAGCAGUAGUAUCAAUUCAUGAAAGAAUUGGUUUUAAGAACUUGAAAAAUAAUUCUAAACUGUCUUAAGCUAUAGGUUCAUUCUACAAAUCCUAGGGUUUGCUUUGAAGAACCUUUUUCACUGAUUUGUUUCACUGAUUGAACAUAAUCAAUUUUUAAACACAGAAAAAAUCUGACAUCUUCCUAUAAAAUCAUAGAAUUCUUAUGUCAGUGUGGAUUAAAGGACUCUUACACCAUUUGCAAUUUGCUGGUUUCUUAAUGUAAUGUCCCUGAUAAGUGUAUUUCCUCGUUGCAAAUUAGUUAAAAACUUGUUUACACCAUGUUUUAUUGGCAGGUUCGAGACUUGUGGACUGGAAUUGCAGAAUUCCACUCUAUGCAGGGACCUCAGGUAUGUAAAUAGCAUUCUAUGCAAAAAUUUAAAAAUUUCACUUGUUAAGUUGUUUUCAUUGAUGACCCUCUUUUUUCAACUUUAUUUUUAUUAAAAUUUUUCUUUACCUUAUUGAACAGAGAAAGAUAAUUGACACAGUGCUCAUGGGUGAAGCAAACAACUACCACAUUGAUGUUUCAGACAUAGAACCAAGAGUGAGUGAAAAAUGCAUCUCAGUUACUAGAUUUAUUGGAAUAUAAUAAUAACAUUUUGCCCACUUUGUGUGCAUAAUUAGAUGUGGGUUGAUUGAAUUGCUGCUACUUGUUUUCCAAGGCAUCACAAAUGGUACAAAUUAUUACAUUUUGAUAUGUAUAAGGUGACAGGAAUAUAAAAAAAUGUAAACUCACCAGGUUCUCUUGACCAUUAACUUCUUUUGUCAAAUUUAGCCAUGGCAUGCAUGUAUCAGUAAUUAUGUAAUCUUAAGGGUGCUCUGUUUGUUUCUUUGAUGUAUGAUACUCAUGACAGUACAAAAAUUGUAACUGGUAUUGUAAAACCACUACUAAUAUCAAAUCCAGAUUGUUAAGUGCAAAGGACCCUCACCAAGUUCCUCAGUUGUUUAAUUACUAAAGGAUUAAUAAUACCUCUUUCAUAACCUUGCCAGGUUCCUGACAUGCUGCUGAGAGAUUCUGAAAGGGAGAUAAAAAAGGUAUGAGGGGAUGACUUAUGCCAUUUAUUUCUUAUAAGUGAUAAUCAUUUGUUAAUCUUCCCUAUUUGAGGAACUGACAUGAGUUUUCUCAGUGAUAUCUCACUUUUUUUCUCAGAGAAAUAUUGAAGAUACUUACUGUGGUGGAAAAGUGAAUCUUUUGAGGUAAGUGUUACAAGUGUCGAUCACACUGUCAGUAUUUUAAUAAGAUGAAGUUUUUUAAGUAAAAAAUGUUCUAGUUGAUUAAUAAGUUAUAUAAUUGUCUGAAUGAAGGUACUCCUUAAAAGGGCUGCUGUCAUGCAAUUACAUUGACUGACAUUUUGACAACCUCAGCUGUGGUUUGCCAGUUGAAUGUUGCAAGUCAGGCAGGAACUGAAUGAUAGUUAUUAGUUUUGCAAUUUUUCUUUGGCUCAGACAGCAUUGAUGAAUCCGGUUUGACUUUUUGGUAAAGUUUCAUUGUUCCAUUUCAUUGUUCCAUUUCAUUGUUUGAUUGGUUAUACAAACAUUAUGAGUUACUAGUAGUUUUACAGUUUUGUACAGUGCUGAUAUUUGCUGACAUCUUUUUAGAGGAGUAUGUUCUAAGUUUGUAAACCAGCAUUCUAAAAAUAGUUUAAAGUUAGAGCAAUAGGUUAGACAUUGAGCUGAGGCCCAAGCUAUUAUUUGAGUUGAUGUUCAGAGGCAAAUAUGUCAAAAUUUUUCUCUGCUUGCAUGUGUUCAGUUAAGUCUUAAAUGAAGGUUCCUUAUACUUUUCUCCCUUAACAGAACAAAAAUUAAUUAUAUCCCUUCGGAAAUUAACAUUUGAUGUACACCACUAGGUAUUAAAGAAAGCAAUAGUACUAGUACCUUAUAAAGCAAUUAUAGUACUUUAAUUUGUAUUUGUACCUUUCUAGAGUUCUCUUCUGUGUUUGACUUCAUUAUUUUUAUUUUGACUUUUUUCCUCAAUGCAGUCUGAUUCAACUUUGGAAUUUGUCGCUUUAUAAGAUAAGGGAGCAGAUUUGCCAAGGUUUGUUCUCUAAAAGUUGCAAACAUGAUUUUGAAGGUUGACUAUCUUUCAUGACUUCAAUUAACUUACGCUGAAAAUUUGCAGACAAAUCCAUUACAUAGUGCAUGUACUAUCUUUUAUGAUUAGCUUGAAAGUACAUUGUGUUGUUUAAUAGAACCUCUGCCCAGUUUGGAUGAUUACUGUCCAACAGUGAGGUCAGCUUUUUACACCCAUGAGGCACAUCUUACCAACACUAAGUCACUAAGGUAAGGCAUCGGAGAUGGAAACAUGUGUUACUGUUCAUGUACAUUGCAAUAGAGACAUUACUGUUCAAAAUUUUCAUACCUGUAUUUACAUUUGUUUCAAAAUUAGACUAAUGAUGAACUGAAUAAUUUUGAGGGUGAAAUUAAUGGUUAAGUAGGCAAAAUAUGAAGUGUUUUAACACUGAAUAGACAUUAGCAUUUCUAAAGACCAUAAAAAAUUUUAAAAGUCCUCUAAUAUGGCUGUACGUAAUGCUUUUCCUAAAGGGCAGCUAUAGAAGAAACUAUGCCAGCCAUGAAGGAAUCUAUCAAGGAAUUGAAGUUACAAUGUUACAGGAUGUUGGAGCAAAAACCUAGCAAGGCAACACAGGGACCUGUUGUGUUUGUAAGUUGGUUGAGAGUCUGGGUAGGCUAGUUGAUAUAACAUUAAAACAGUAUAAUUUAUCUCCACUGUCAUAUUCAAAUUGAACUUAAUUCUGUUGUCUUUGUGUGCUUUUGAUUCCCAUUUUUAAAACUUGAAGGGAUUACUUUUAAUAUAUAUUUUGUGAUGAAUGUUAGAAUCUUGGACUAGUUCCUCCUACUCCCCCAGUAUCCUUUGCACCUGCUGACACACCAAUGGCACAGAGAAUUACUUCUUUUGAGGACAGUCUCAAGCUUUCACCAGAAACAGGUAAAUGUUACAGGCACAUCUUUAAGAAAUGAGAAUCUUCAUUAUCCAUUACUAGUUUUUUACUAUCACUUCUACAUUCAUUUUGUUUGUAGUUUCUACACCAGAUGUAAUUCAAGCAUGGACCAAAUCUGCCAGAACAAAGCAGUUGCAUGGUAAGUGUACAUGUAGGAUCAAGUAGAGUGACCAGCUUUAUUUCUAACAUUAUUGAAAAUUAUUUGUGGUCUGCUUAACAAUCCAACAUUUACAUUUGGCAUUAAAACAAGUUACAUGUCUGAGAAGGUUUUCUUUUUCUUUUUUUUUUCUUUUUUUCCAACAAUUUUGCCUUUAAAAGAAAUUGAAAAGAUAUUGAAUAGAAUAUUAUUUUUCACACCUAUCCUCUUCACGAUUCCUAUAGUAGAUGCAUGUAAGGUAUUACAAUAAAUAUUGUAUUAAAUUGAAUUGCAUUGAUAUGAACGUGGAUCUCUCUUUGCAGGUGAAAAAGAAUCUCUUCUCAAGCCCAAGUAUGUUUGAGAUCUUCUUGUGACUCUGCUAAAAGGUUACAUCUUGAGCUGGCAUGGUUAUUUACUGUUAUUAAAUUUCAUUUAUUUCAGAAAUAAAAAGGAGAAAUCUUCCAGGCUUCCAAGGCCAAUACAGCAUUGCCAUGUAACUGAAGUAAUGGUUUUGUUUCUUCACACAUUUAGUGAUACUGUAGUUCAAUUUUUUUGGUUGAAAAGGUUACAGUAAUGGACUGGAGAUAAUGAAAAAUCAAAGUUAAAUUGAUUUGAAAUUUUCUAAACCAAGGAAAAAUCUGUACCACUACAUCUUUAUUCAAUUGAAUGAGCACUGCAAUGCUUGUAAUUGCUGCAAUCUCUCUGUCCAUAGUGUGGUUAGCUGGGCAAACAUCAUCAUCAGGUUUUCAGUAUAGGAAGAAUUGAAAACUCAGUAAAUUCAAAACAAUGUUUGUUCCUCUGAUUUCAUCUUGUUUGUGUUACCUACAAUCAAUUUAAUGUCAUGUAAAUGAAUUGUCAAAUAACUUCUAGAAACAAAAAUGUAAGAAUCAAUCAGUCAAAGUACCUCUUCCCUGAGCCUCAAGGGUUGAUUGGCUGAGAAUGACACUGUACAUUUCCUUUUUCCAUUAUCAUCCUUUGGUGGAUGAUUAUGAUACUGAGGCAUGAAGGUUUGAAAGUGGCCAGUUGACAAUUUCUAUAUAUUUCUUGAGAAGACCAAAUACACUGAAAAAAGCACAGCUGCUCUGAUGAUCAUCAAAAUACAGAUUAAACUGAAGAAGUAAUCAUUCUGAUUAGAGUCAGUGAAAGUUUUUUAAUAAUUACUACAUAUUUACCUUUGUUAAGCUGACUAUAAUACAAGUAUUAGUCUUGUUUCCUAUAAUUAUCAUGUGACUUAGUAAUGAAACAAAAUAUGGUUUAUGGCAGACGAAGUUUGCCGAAUAUUGUUAUACUUCCUUAGCUGUAAUCAGUGACAGCACCUUAUCCAGCCAAUCAUCUAUCUUCACUGAGGAAGAACUCUUUGAUUGGGAAAGAUUCCUUGUUUUAUUCUUUGCCUUAGAUUCUGAACACAAAAACUGCCACCUCCCAAUCAACUGAAAAGAAAAAGAAGCCAUCCCAGCCAUAUGUUGAAAAAAGUCUACCUUACUCAGUAGGUGUUCACUACUUUAAGCUUAAAAGCUUGAGCAUGUGUGAAAAUCUUGCAGUCAUUGAUCUGCAUAAUAUGGUUCCAAAUAUACAUGUACAAAGUUACUCACCACAGCUAACAACCUCAGGAUCAUGAUAUCCCUGGCUCAAAUUCACACAUCUGUAAGAGGGAACUUGCAAACACUAAGACAAUUUCUUUAGCUACCAUUUUUACUCUCUUAGUCACCAGACAUUUUCUCUUUUUAUUUUAGUAUUAGAUGUGAAGUUAAUCAUUACCUAAACAGGCUUUAAUGCAAUGUAUUUGUCGAGAAUUUUUUUUGUGUGUCAUCUGCAAUUCUUUUUGUUGUCUGAAAUGUAUUUGUAUUUCAAUUUCAAAAAGUCAUAUGUCACUCCAAGAGCAGAGCAAGUUGAAAUUGUACCAAAGCACCAGUCUCUGAAACCUACAGUACAGAACAUUUUGGCAGAUCAGGUACCGACUUUAUACUUUACAACAACACGUAUUUACACUUAAGUGAAUGAAGAGCUAUAAAAGAUUGAACUUUCUUGGUAUUCUCUCAGUCUUUCUCCUUCUCCAUGGUCACUGCUCCAUUUGUGGCUGUCACGAGUUUUGCUGAAUCACAGCUACAAGGUUUAACCCCUGUCACAUUGUAACUCUGUUUACAGAUCGCAGAUGCUGUUGCUGUACAGGAAAUCACCUCAAGCUCUCUUUCAUCGUCAAGCUCUUCAUCCCGUGCCACCACCCCUCAGGUGAGAUCCCUUCUCGGGUGCUCCUUUCUAAGACAGGAAUGGUUUCUCUUUUAGAACAAGAAAGAAAGAUUAUGAAGCCCUCCCAAGGGCUGUGGUGUUUGUGUACUCAGAAAUCAAAUGUGCUCUCAGUUUAUGAUGUUUAAAACAUGUCAUGGGAACAUGAACUUUGAGAUCCGUUUAUUAUGGUAUAGUAUAAUUAUCUAUCUAUAGUAUAUUAUCAUAUAUCUUAAGGCCAUUGGUCCGAAAUUUAAGAAGGAUUUAGAAGACAAGUGAGGAAAGAAGACAACUUUUAGUGGAUGUAUUUACAGAGUGAUAUUCUCCGGUCUCUAUUGCAGCCUCAAGCAUUGGAGGAUCCUGCUGGUGCACUAGGUGAGAUUGACUGGCUGCUCUAGGAUAUAAUAGUGCCCAACAUUUUCUAGAAGUGUGGGCAAAUAAAACAGUAACAAACCUUAAGGCUACCAACCUAGGGCUGUGAAAUACUAAAAUAAAAGUGUUUAAUAGUCUAAUAUAACAACUCUUAUUUUCGAUAUCAGGACAAGACGCAUUUAAACCGCGAGAUCGGAUUCCUAGAACUCCAGCUAAAUCCGACGAUGGUAAGAGUGGUUUCGCUUUUGUCUGCACGUUGUCUCUUCCACUUUUUUUUUUUAGCCAGUAAAAAUCUCACUCACAAACAUUUUCGUUCUUAGGCGAAAUAAUUCUCUUUUACUUUACACCUACCAUUUUUCAUGGAAUAAGUACUGUUUCAUUCUGACGAAGUCAUGAUUUUUACAGGUUACAAAGGAGUAAAAGAGGAAACAUUGACUCGACAAAACGCUGAGACAAAGACUGGUCGGCUUCUCCAAACCAUCCUUGACGAAUCCACUGAAACAGCCACUCCCAGUCCUGUCAGAGGAGGCCUGUCAAGGGAUACUCCUCCACCAGAUGUUAGUGGUGCUACGUAUUCUGAGGGCAAAAUGUCCACAAGUCCACUUAGGACCUCUUUGGUCCACGAAAAAUCUCCUGAACGUGGUGCAUCGUCAUUGCGACUGUUUUCGUCUCUCAACCAUUCUAGUGAUAAGCUCGCUUACAGCACCUCUGUACACGAAAGUUUUAACCGUACCACGUUUCAGCCUACACCAAAGUCAGUCAAAAAAUCGCUCUUUGAGGAAUCGCCCCAACAGCAGGAAACGUCACAGCAUCAAAAGAAGGUUACUCCCGCUCAACCAACCACCAGUCUAACAACAAUGUCAGACGAAUUGCCGUUAUCUAUCGGGCAAUCUCCAAGUCUUGAAUUCUGGCUUCGUCCACAAGGAGGAUGUUUGGAUUUUAAUGUCCAGGAGACAGCUACGUCACCAACGACAGAUCUUAGUCUUGACGAAACUCCUUUAGAGAGCGGCAAUUCGUCGUUUAAUGGCAUUGAAUUUUUCAGUAGAUUCACUGAAAAAAUCCCACUUAACACGGAUAAAGCCAAGACGUCAGUGAGGACAUCCCAACCUGACAAUACUUCAAGCGCGCAUGCCUCAUUCAAAUCCGGGGCAUUUGUCGCACAGACCGCGCUUCAAAAUGUUCCUUCGUCAAUUAGUGAAGUCGAUACUUCUGCACUGAUUCAAAGACUUAACAAGAUUAAAUUGACGCAGCUCUCGUUCAGUUCUCCACACGCAGCUCCGUCAGGACCGUCUGAGUCCCAUGCAGCAGAUAACUCAACCAAUAAACAGGACGGGAGGGAGGGCCAAACACCUUCUGACUCGUCUUUAUUGGCCUCCAGGCUGGAUCAGAUAAAACAAGCGCAAAAGAGUCAACAGGUAACUAGAUAACGUAACAGUUGUGGCCUUGAACUUGAUCAGCAGUUGAACAUCUCAUGUAGCAGAAUCACUUAGCAUUUGGAAGAACUAUGUUCUCUCAAGGGUCUUCCCAGCCUGAAGGUGACGCGUACUCAACCGAACCCGUUACCUGAAGGAGAUUAGCAGUAUGCAGUCGAAACGUCGCAGUCCACUUCCGAUAUGACCACAUCGUGAAACAAACAAUUACAUUUCUCUUUUGAAGUAUUAUUUACCGCGAUGACUAACCACAGGCUAUUUUACGGUCUUCCCAUUUGCUAGAAAGUGCCAGCCAAACAGAUCCACUGAUGAAAAGGGUUCCGUUCUUAAUCAGAUAUAUCUGCCCAGACGAGUUCACUCGAAGUUUUCCCUUAUUUGUGCAACGACUUGUACAAAUGAGGUAGAACUUUCUCCUCUUAAAUCGACCGAUCUGGUUUUUUAGUUCCGCAUACUGCCAUUUAUUUUAUUGUAAAUUUAACGUAACCGUCCAUUGGAAUAAACUAGCUCAGCCUGACUCUGCACUAUAGAGAAGGUCACUGUGAAAUGUAGGAAGGAAAUUUUUCCAAGCUAUUCAGAACAAAAGAAUACCCACGUAAAGCAUUAGGAAGUUGGUAAGAAAUCCAGAUUUUAAUGGAAAAAUUUUAAUGGAAGCGAGGCCUAGGGGUUAAUUUUCAGCAAAAGAGGACAUCAUUCAUGGAAGCUUUUCCAUGCUCUUAGAAUUUACCCUAGUUAUAUUUAUUUUACUGUUUGUUAAUUUCUUUAGUUUGAUAUCUGUACUCUCAGGUGACCCCUGGAGCAAACACCGAUGGAGACCUUAGUAAUAGUCGUACAAGUGAGCCUGCUCUGCUGACACCCCUGACCCCAAGCAGUAGGAGUACACCUGAUGAGGAUGGUAUCAAGAAUGACUUCGCUAACUUUUCAUUCAACUCACCGCAGCUCAUAACAAGUGUCUCUGGUUCGCCAUCUUCGCCAAUAGAUAUAGAUCUCUCCGGGCAAACUCCGUUUAGACAAAAAAAUGGCGUGGGAUUUACCAGUCCCCUUCAAGAAACACCUCACUUGUUGGAAGAGUUUUAUGAAGGUAUUCCUUGGGAGACAGCAACACCAAGUCUUCCAGAGAGAACCUCACACAAAGUAGAGAGUGGUUUAGCAGAAAAAGGUUCUAUUUCUCCUGGGGUGAACGGUCUGUACAGUUCUUCGCCGUACAACAUUUCAACACCUCUUCUGUUGAGUUGUGUGCAUAUGCCGAACGGAGCUAGUGAGGUUUCCUCUUCCAAACAGACCUUUUCAAGUUUGGGUGGUAACACCUUUCAAGGUGAGAAAAUUAGGGUUUCUUACCCAAUAGAUCACGGAAGUCUUCGGAGUAGUGGUAGUAUCUUUCGGUGGUUUAAGUUGGAGAAAGACCCAAGAAUGAUGGGAAUUUGAUCGACUGUAAGUUAUCUUUCUCUGUGGAGUACAUGUGGCAGUGGACUCUCUUAUUAAAACAGAAUUAGCCUUUAUCACGUCAGAUAGGUUCUCUGAAUUGCCUAGUUUGCGUGAAAAAAGGUCACAUUCAUUUUGAAAAUGUCAUUUGGUAUCCUAAGUAAGCAGAAGAAAAAAUCGUUACUUUGGAAUAAAGAAAUUAAGUUUGAGCAGUGACCAGCUAGUACUAGUUAUGUAUGGCUUCCUAGCUCAAUAAAUCGAGCACUGCACCUUUACAGGAUAGUAAGACCCUGAUGAUAACCUUAAAUUUUUAAAGAGAUGAUUUCCUAAUUUCACAGCUGAUUGGUCUUUCGUUUGAUGUAAACACGCAGUGUAAGAAUAAUUCUUUCCAUUUUACUUUAAUGAUGAAAACUACAGCAUUGUCUGAAUCAAUAACUUCGAUAUCUUUUUGUUGCUUCUAGACGAAAUAGACGUAUCAAGGCGCCAUGAUUUACCGUCUCCGUUCUCACAUCGAGGUGGGCGUAAAGGAACAAUUAAUUUUGAUUGCUAGUGUUAUUGCUGCUAAUAUAACAGUAGACAGAAAAUGUUUCGUUCCAAAUAUUUUAAUAUUUUUGCUUCAUUGUCACAAUCUGUAUUUCUCUUUUUUAUGGUGAAAAAUCGUCAACGAGGAUAUUACAAAUUAUUUACCACUUCAAUUGUGUUUUCUACUGUGUAGAAAAAUUGUGGUUCUUUUAAUUUCACGAUUUGAGUUUCAUCUUUUUAUCCCAAAGCAACGAAACUUGGAAUCGUAGUUUCUUCUCAUAACUGUACAAUUUCACGAGUCGUUGCAGCGUACAUAUGGAGGAGACAGAGACAAGCUUUGGGUGUGAAUGAAACAACUGAAUUAGAGUUUAAAAUACAAAAUCCGACGUUUCAUUUUAGACCUAAGGUUUGUUUCUAUUUGCUUUGUAUUAUUUUCUGUUCUUUAGUGCUUUGUUAUUUUGUCUGUGCGACCAAAAAUUGGAUGCACCAAGUGUGCAGAUCUUUUCUUAACAGGAGUUCUUAUCGUUUAACUUUUCUAUCUUUCAGGCAGUUUAACAAGUCACGUUACUUCCCCUUGGCCACAAGAGUCUCAUCACUCCCCUGUCGUUGGCCAGUUGAUAGACUUUGAUUAGAAUUAUUUUCCAAUAAGCACGGAAAUUGAUUACUUCUGGUUUCACGAUAGUGCAGCUUCUUUUCACAGAAUAGUAGCCAUAGACUAAAGUUUUUCCGAACUGUUAUAUUUUUAAUCAUGUGAAAUGAAACAAUAAAUCAUUUAAGAAACAUCACGAAAUAGAACAUGAUUCCAGCAGACAAAUAGCUGCACUAGACUUGUGAUGGACAGAAAGAUGAAUUUAAGUGUUGAAACGUAGUGUGGUUUAUUGUCUCUAUCUAGUCAUUUUCCC